CCCGCCCCUCCGCGUGACAGCAGCCGGCGGCGCACGGGCGCGCGAGAGGGACCACUUUUUAAGCGUGGCCGCGGGGAUUCCUGCCAACAGUUUCGCUUUUCAUGCUGCCGGAGAGGAGCAGCAUAGCCGCUUGGGGCUUGUUUGAGAGGUCGCCUUCUCAAGUGCACGACACCACACUCGUUGCUCCCCUCACGUCGCCGCCGUACCGGGACUUAAGACCAUGCUGGCGGCACCGACCCCUCUCCUAGUGCUCGCCGUUCUGAUCGCGGUGGCGGACAGAGGCUCCUGCAAUGCGAAAUGGAGCUACACAGGCGAAUUCGCACCCUACAACUGGGUGAACGUGGACACGAGCCCCAACGUGAACCAAUGCGGCGACAAGUUGCAGUCGCCAGUGGACCUCGACGACCGCUACGCCGAGUACGACCCAGGACUGACGGACAUCACCUUCAGCGGCUAUGACCAGGAACUGUACAACCCGUACAUCGUCAACAAUGGACACACAGUGCAAGUCUCGGCGACGGAGGACUCGAACCGGUACAUCGAAGGCGCUCGCCUGCCCGGCCGCUUCCAGUUUGCCCAGUUCCAUCUUCACUGGGGCGCAAACUCGAGCAGAGGGUCGGAGCACACGAUCCGCGGAUUCCAGUACCCGCUUGAGCUUCAUUUCGUGCAUUUCAACGUCAAAUACGGCUCCGCCGCCGAAUCCAUGAAGUACGAGGACGGACUCGCUGUCAUAGCCGUCUACUUUGAGGUGAGCCCGACGGCGAACGAGGACAUGAGCGUGGUCGUGGACGCUCUCAAGGAGGUGCGGCUGAGCGACCAGAAGGGCUUCAACCUGCAGAGGCCCGUGGUGCUGAGCCGCUUCCUGCCACGCAUCACGCGCAGCUACUUCCGCUACCGGGGCUCGCUGACCACGCCCCCCUGCUCGCAGGCGGUCACCUUCACGGUGAUGACCACCACGGUGCCAAUCAGCGAAGAACAGCUGCAGCAGUUCCGGCUCCUGCGCACGGGCAAGGACGAGAACUCGUCGACGAUGGUGGACAACUUCCGGCCCACGUUCCCGCUCAACGGGCGACGCGUGUUCAAGAGCUUCCCGUCGUCGGCGACGCGCCCGGGCCUGGGGCCCGAGGGCUUCCCUUCGCUCCAGGACGCCGACGACUCCUACGCCAUCUUCAGCGAGUCCGGCUUCGACGAGAGAUUUAGGGAGUUGGCCUCGGUGGACUCCCUGGCCCAGGGCGUGGGUGAGGUGGUGCGCCGCUGCAACUACGUGCGCUCCUUCGCCGACUGGCCGAGGCACAGCCGCGCGUGCGCGCCCGUCUGGAACGCCUUCGGGGACCCGCUAGGCCUAACGGCGUCCCAGCCGCUCGUGCUGGCGCAGCCCUUCUACGAUAACCCGGCCGCCGGCUACUACCAGCUGAUCGCCUACGGAAAGAAGAAGAAGAAGUGAACGCGUCCCCCCUGCGGCUAGUGGUCACACCACUAGUGGUCACUGGUGGUCGCACCGCUAGUGGUCACACCGUCUCCACCCACGUCACCGAUUGCACCCUCGCGCGAAAUCUUUUUUUGCUGAUAUUCAUUCUGUACAGUGUGUAAUGUACGUCUUUCUUUUGUUUUUUUUUUGUUUUAAGUAGUACAGCACGGUUAAAUGUUAAUGGGGACACCUCACCUGUAUUCAGCCAUCGAUAACCGGCUGGUGCGGAAGCCUACAAACAAGCUUUUUGCUUGCGUAUAUGCGUAUACGUUAACACGUGACAUUGGGCGCUAUAAGAAAUGUGCCAGCCAUGUUAUCAACUUCGUUUAGAGGUUAGGUGCUCCCUUUAUGAAUUGACCAUGCUGUACAUGGAUAACAGUGCAACAACGGUGGUUUAUCAAGCCGCUUACUAGAAUUCCAUGUGCCAUUUCACACACACACACAGAAAAAAAAAAUGUGUUAUCGGUUCAGACCUAAUUGCACGUGCACGAUGCCACUAUCGGUGGACUCUUGAGGCCCGUGUUUGCUCACGGUGACUCGCAACAGCCGACAAUUUUGUUAAAGCCUCGCUGGGUGUCGUUUUUUGGUAUAAUUUCGCUUUAUUUUUUUAAUCUCCUGGAGAGAAGUUUUCUUGCCAAAUUGUGUUUCGUGUCACUAUGUGCUCUCAAGUGCCAACAAUAUUGACGAGAAAGACAAGAGAAAAGGACAGAGAUAAUCGCUUAGUAUGUAAACCUACUGUUUGUCGGAGACAGGCAGACGUUGUGCUUGCGAGGUACGCCGCUUCGGAAGCUUUCUUCAUCUGGAAAGGCGUGCUAAGAAAAUGUCCGGGGUGGACGGAACUGAAGGAGUUCACGAUGCUUGCAGCGAAUGCCAUUACAAACUCUUUUUCAGUGUGUACAAAUUGUUGCCUUUACUGGCCCUCCGUUAUGUGUUCCUGUGUGAGGCUAUACGGUUUUAGCUUUUAGCUAGGCGUUUGUUGUCCAAGGAAGAAAAAAACAAAACGUGCAGUGAAGGCCUCGCUUGGCUGUGCAACUGGAGUGCCCCUUCUUCAAGAUUGCCACCUUUUCUGUUCGAAGAGUUAAUAAAAUGCGAUCGAGGACGACUAGUUGGGGGCAGAGAAAAGUCACCGGAAAGGGAAAUUUAGAAGAAUCUCUUCUCGGAUAUGCGAACCCAGGAAAGGUGCUAGAACUAUACAUACGUGCAAGGCGCAGAGAGUUCGACCACCUGCGACAGCUCACAGGUGUGCCGAAAAAAACUGUUGCGGGUAGCACUAAUAGACCAAUCUCCUGUUGUAAUUUUGGGGUAAACUCGACACUUCUUUGAACAGAAGUGAGUGUUCGUUGUUCCCACAUUUAUCUUCUUCCAACUCUGGCCACAAUAGCCGAAUUUAAUCUUGAUAGUUAAGCUAAACCUGAAGUGUUUUCCUGUUAGCUUUUUCUUUUUCCGGGUGCCUCAGACACUAGUAAAUUAAUGGCUGUACCGUAUUACCUUUAAGAACGUCAGCAGUGUAAGACGACCAAUGUGUCGUAAAUUGAAGGCAGAGUUCAAGCAGUAACUUGCUGUGAAUUUAUUCGACUGGCUACUUUUAGGUGAUCAGUUGCCUCAUAGCUGGACAGAAGCACCUGAUGAAAGUUCAUCUAGCAAGCAAUGUUGACUAUGCAUAGUUUGCUCUUUUAUUUUACCGUGCUCUCAACAACUGCUAUACUCAAUGCACUAAUGAAAGAUAGUUACAAUGAAGUUUGCUGCUUCUAUAAGAACUACUUGUACCAGGCCUUAGGCUGCAAUUUCUUUGUCGUGCAUUUUUCUUUGUGCUUACUUUUGGCACAUACAGUGGAAACAUCUCGGCGUUAUCUAGUUUCUCAGAAAAUUACGAGAAAGAAAAUCCAAGCUUAAGGUCAGAGUGCUACAAUACUCGGCACUGUCCUUGGUCUAUGUCUUAAUUCUCAUAUUUUGCUUAUUGCAAUGUUAUUGCCAGUUGCCUUGGACAUUUUUGUGUGUAUGUGCUUAUUUGUGCUCUACCUAGAUGUGUGUCAUGAAUUAGCCAUCCAAAAACUGCACCUGUGAGAUAUGAUUGUUCCAGCACUGAUGGCCACACAAAGAUAUUGUGUUAUCAGCUUCUGCAGUUACUGGAAACUGGUCUAAAUGCUCAUUUUUUUCUUUAUUUCGCUUGUUCGGAAUCUCACGUUGUCGCUCACUUUCUUUUUUUUAAAUAUCUGUAUCCGUCUUUUCAUCUCCUUAUUUUUUUUUUUUUUUUGGAUCUGGUACACGCAUCUCUUCAAACGCGACAGAAAACGUGACUUACUCGUGUCACCUUUGUUCACUUUCAAUUUGCCCAAGACGUGUGAUAUAACUUUUAUGGACUAUUUUAGCAGCCGCAUUACACCGAACGACCCGAAGUUGCUGGAAGAAGAGAUUCGGAAAAGUUGUGGCAACUCCACGCCUUAUCACAUUCAUGCACGUUAAUUUGCGCCCUUAUGAGGGACGCAGUGUGGGCGACCGCACAGCCAUUCAGGCACCUCUGCCAUAACUUGGCCUGACUGUCGCCACCAAGGUUGCGGAGUGGGGUCGUCAAUCACCGUUUCAUUCCAAGGAAUCAAUUACUGACGCAAUGGAAUCCCUCCAGUUGCCCUGUAGCUGAAAGUCCGAAACAAUUUCCAUCCUAAUGAAAACCGCACAUUUCCCGCAAAUUCCUUUGAUUCCGUCAAGGCACCACAAGGUGACUUUUUUUUUUUUCCUGUUCUGAGGAGCACGGCUAAAAAAAUUGCUGGACCAAUAUGCGUUCACGUGGUGCUUCCGGGGAGGCGGGUGAGGGGGGGGAGUAAAGAAGCGUCUAUGGAAACAAAGCCGCUCUAUUACGAUUCCAGUCCGAGUAAAAUAGGCUCAGUUGCACUCCUGAUGAAUUGGACAACAUUACAGAUUCAUUCCGUACCGUUCUGGUAAACAAACGUGAACGACUCUAGAAUCAAUUUAAUUCGGGAAAGACAACUCCUCCGCAACCCCGCUCGCCACACUUUACCACUUACGAAGGUCGUAAGUUUACGGAGGUCGUAGGUUUAAUACAUUUGCAGAGGUCGAAGUCAUGCUGCAUCGACAUCACUCGUAAUGAAGUACUCGUCGAAGGGCAUUCUUCCAGAAGGCAUUAAGUCGAAAUGACUUUUGUGAUACUUCUCAGCGUCCUGGGAUGAUGAGGGCCACAAAGCAAACAUUCCCGCCAUUAAUGUUCAAGGCCAGUUGUCCCACCUGAUUUUUUUGUCUCCUCUAAUUUUAAUUAUUUUUUGUGCUCCCACCUACAUGUAUAGUCGACGAUAGGUUGAAGCUAUAGAGAGCGUCCUGUACUUCCAAGACCGUCGUUAUAAUAAGCAUUAUAAUCGUUAUAAAUAAGCGUUGCCAUUUGUAUCAGGCUAUAUAUGUUGCCACGCGCUUGCCAAAGCCACACUACACACAUAGUAGAUCGCGUACUAAAUUUGAUAGCACACGUUUUUUUAGCUAUUCACAUUCUUUCCUAAUGCCGCUAAUUAUGUAGAACAAACAGGUGGACCCUAAAAAUGCAGCCCCUUUAUCAGCGUCCUACGACACGCAACGUUAGAUAAAGAUUAACGUCUGCCUUCAAUUUACUGAGAUUUUUUAACGGGACUUCAGCAUGCCGAUUCUUUGCAUUUUCGAUGCACUAUACCAAUAAAUGCUGAGUCAUGGGAACCACUCCCUGCAGCACGUAGCACGCUCAACGCACCGUCUAAAGUAUGCGAGCGGUUGUGUGUGGCAUUCCACACGAUUCCGUGAUUCCGAAGCUGACGAGACGAUGAUAAAUAUAGAUAUUACCUAAAAUAGCCGGGCGCAAAAAAUUAAGUCUACCUUAGCCUAGGUAGACAACGCGGAUAAACCUAAAUAAACACAAGAGUAACACAUAAGGUAACACAGGAAAAGCACCAAUGGAAUCCUCCUUUCGGUCACUACAUUUGGGCUCCACUCCCUGAAAGUUGUUUUGAGGGCCUACGCUUUAUUAAGGUGUUAAUGAUGGCUACGCGUGAAACAUAUGUGUGAAGCACAGCCACCACUAUAACACCUUAAAAAUGCGUUGCCGGCAAAGCAGUCCCAGGUUAUGCGUGCCUGAGGUUAAACUGAGGAGACGAUUGGUCUCGAAGAAGACACACAGCGCCAAAUGCGGCCACAUUUCGCACUGAGGGCACCGAAAGUAUAGCAUACACCAAAUAAGUUCCACGGACUUUGUGUUGCCGUGUUUCUGAAUUGACUCAAUUUUAAUGUGGUGUUAAGAUAUUUUUUUUAAAUAUCUGUGGUCUUUGUUAUUUAUGAAGAAAUGAGUAGCCGGCGCCAGUUAAAGGUGCCAACAGCUCAUAAGCAUCAUACAAUAACAAUAAUAAUAAUAAAGUUCCACAGUAAUCUGCAAGGUGGGGGAAGAUAUAUAUGAAAGAGAAUAUUCUACUCUCACGAACCGAAACCAGCUGCGAAAAUAAAACUGACCAUGAAAUUGCAGCUCGCGGCCACAACAGCCAACAAAGCUUGUACACGAAAGCGUUUUAUAAGAGUACAAAUAAACAACUUCUGUGAUAUAAGCCCAUUUAGACAAAUCAACGAAAAUAAUUCUCCUUUCGCGGCGCAAACUAGUUUUUCGCAAGCAAAAGUGUGCUGUUUCUUCGCGCCAGUCAUCUUCUCUGCGGUCAAUAUAUAUAUAAUACACUUUCGCUGCUUGUCAUCAUUGAAACUGUGUGUGAUAAAACAAAAAUGCUUUAUUUUGUUAUCGCGCGUCACAACGCGAGUGCCAUGUUUUGCAUUUUAAGCAUGCAUUUAUAUAAGCAUCCAAACGAUUGUGUCAUGUAUGCCCUUUGUGAACAGUACUUGCCAUAUAUAUGUGCCAUUUAACAGUGCCAUGCUUCGUCUACGCUAUACAUACGCGUAGUGUGCGGUAAUAUUUUCGUGAAGGCGAAUAAACAAGCUUACUAUCAGUG